AUGGCUCGUGUAUCCAGGCACUCCGGUCCCGUGGGUCAGGUCGUCGAGUACAUCCCGGACCGUCUAUACCUUGCUUCGUACAUCCAGCCUCCCCAGGAGGAUGCACCCCUCCCCUUCCCGGAGCCUCCCGCCUCACCGCGCAAGCGUGCCGCCCAGCAGGCCGCCGCUCCGCGUCCCAAGAUCCCCUGCUACUUCACCAUCGACGAUAGCCUCCUGUACAAUGCCUUCCACCACGACUUUGGGCCUCUGCACAUCGGUCACCUGUACCGCUUCGCCAUCCAGUUUCACGACAUCCUCGGUGCCAAGGAGAAUAAGGACCGUCCUAUCGUCUUCUGGAGCUAUGCCGACCCUAGGAGCCGCGCAAAUGCUGCUUGCAUGCUCGCCUGCUACAUGGUCCUCAUCCAGAACUGGCCGCCCCACCUGGCCCUCGCCCCCGUGGCCCAGGUCGACCCCCCGCUGAUGCCGUUCCGCGACGCCGGCUACAGCCAGGCCGACUACGGCAUCACCGUCCAGGACGUCGUCUACGGCGUGUGGAAGGCCAAGGAGGAGAAGUGCUGCGACCUCGACAACUUCGACCUCGACAUGUACGAGAGGUACGAGCGGGUCGAGCACGGCGACUUCAACUGGAUCACGCCGCACUUCCUCGCCUUCGCCUCGCCGCAGCACGGCCCCGUCGCCAAGCUGACCGAGGACGACGGCAACCUGUGGGACGCCCUCCCUCGCACCCUCGAGGCCGUGGCCUCGCACGACUCGCUCCCCCAGCCCUUCAAGAACGUCCUGGUGCACUUCUCGGAGCGCAACGUCGGGCUCGUCGUCCGCCUCAACUCCCCCCUCUACUCGCCCUCGUACUUUGAGGCCCUGGGCAUCCAGCACCUUGACAUGAUCUUUGACGACGGCACCUGCCCGGCCCUGCCCACCGUGCGCAAGUUCAUCCGCCUGGCUCACGAGGUCAUCACGGUGCGCAAGCAGGGCAUCGCCGUCCACUGCAAGGCCGGCCUCGGCCGCACCGGCUGCCUCAUCGGCGCCUACCUCAUCUACCGCCACGGCUUCACCGCCAACGAGGUCAUCUCGUUCAUGCGCUUCAUGCGCCCCGGCAUGGUCGUCGGACCCCAGCAGCACUGGCUGCACCUCAACCAAGGCACCUUCCGCGAGUGGUGGGUCGAGGAGAGGAUCGAGCGCCGCCUCCGCAAGGAGAUGGCCGCCGCCCACGCCGUGCCCAGCACCCCGGCGCGCGCCAUGCAGAGAUCGUCGAUCCGCAGCAGCGCCCAGGCCUCGACGCCCCCCCACCGCACCGGAUCGAACCGCACCCCCCUCAGCGAGGUCGACGGGGACCGCGGCAACGUCGCCGCCUCGGCUCACGACGACUACCUCCCCGCGCCUACGCCCGGCCAGCCGCGCAAGGGCUCGUCGCGUGCCGCCGCCGCCGCCGCCGCCGCUGCCGCCGCCGCCGGCGGGGCCGGUGCCGGUGCCGACCGCCACCACCCUUACCAGCGAGGUGGUGCGGUGCACGCCACGGUAGAGGAGGAGGCCGUCCUCGAGGAUGACGCCGAGAUCACGAUGCGCCACCACCAGCGCAGGUCGCAGGAGAGCGGCGGGCCCAUCAACGACACGGACGAGGAGUUUCACCUCCGCGUGCGUCGCCGUAAGGAGCCGUCGCAGUCGCAGUCGCCCGGCCGAAUGACGACGGAGAAGGUGCGGUCCAUCAGCCAGACGACGUCGACCGUGUACGUCAUCGACAACGACGCGUCGCACGACGCCGAGAACAUUGGCGGGGGACGCCCCAAGACGGUGGAUCGCGUCGCCAGCACGCCCAGCGUCAUGACCAAGGUCAGGGGCAGCAAGCGCGGGUCGGCCGACUCGUCGUCGCCCCUGCGCACCAAGGACUCGGGCGUCCGCAAGACGAGCGGCCGCGUCGGGAGCAACAGCCACCACCACGGUGCCAUGUCGGCCACCGCCUCGUCGGCCGCCCGCAAGGUGUCGUCUUCGUCAUAG